AUGGGUCGGCUCGACCGGAGUGAUACCACGGCCUCACAGAAAACCGGCAUUGCUGCAUCACACCUGUUGGGCCCCAACUGUGGUGCUCUAUUAGUUCUUGGAGGCGCGCGCGGAAAGCUACGCGUUGUACUCUCAGAUCGGGUCUGGUUGUGGUCGGACAUCGAGCCCCCCUUGCACCUCGCUGACCACCGUGUGGCCAACGCACCUGUGACUCCUCUGAUGCUGCGGGUGUCCAUGGGUGGCGCCGAUCACUUACCAUCAGGCCUAGUAUUCCUACAAUACAGAAACGAGACGAAACGAGCGUUGCUGCCAAACGAGAUAACUUCUAUAGAUACUGUAAAAGCACUAUUUGUACGAAGUUUCCCCAAGCAACUGACGAUGCAGUACAUGGACAGUCCACUAGUGAAGAUCUACAUCCAUGACUCUUCGAAGGAUAUGUUCUAUGAACUAGAAGAUGACAGUAAACCGCUCGCUGCCUGCGCCGGUCCCGCUGCCGCGCCGCUGUAUUCGAGGGCCGGUCCAAUUGAUUAUACGCGUAAGAUCCUGCCGCUCCUGGCCGUCGCCGCCGUCGCCCCGCUGCCCGCGAGAUUCGAGGCAGAAGCCUUAGGGUGA